UAUUACCGUUGCAUUAUUAUUAGGAUUCUGCUUCUGAAACUUGUGAUGACUAGUUUGUUUGAGAUCACUAAUAUCUUUUCUUUUCUUCUCCAAUUAUUCCUUGGAUCUCGUUUAUCAAUCUUCUUCUUCUCAGGUGAUUGGUGCAGAAGAUUAUAGCUUGCUGCACAUGGACAGUGAAGAUUCCUGGGAGUUUCGAUUCUUGACGACAUUUUCAUCCUGGAGAGUUAGCUUCUUGGAUUGAUUUGGAAGACAUUGUUCUCUUGUUUGGCUGAUCACCAAUGUCUUUUAUGGAGGAUCAGUUGGACCGUAGAAACUCCACCUAUGCCCUUUCAAGUAGAGGAGGUUCGGAAUUUGGAAGCCAGUAUAUGAUGGAGUCAGGUUUCUAUAUCACAUCUUUCGCUGCAACAGUUUUCAUAGCAUCAGCAAUAACACUUGUGGUGCUCUUCAUGACAUUGCUGAUCACAUUGACCGUCAUGCUCCAAUCCUGUCAAAGCCAAAGUGGAGGAGUUGUUGAGCAACAGAAACCAAUAACUGAUACAUAUGCUUACUGUAGGCUCUUCCGUGAACACGCGGAGCUUAAUGGAUUGGGGCCUAUUGAGUUUCCUAAGAGCUGUCAUCCAUAUGCUACUCAGUACAUCACUGAGGGUCAAUAUUUAGGGGAUUUGAAGUUAACCAUUUUGAUGGCAAAGAGAUACUUGAGUAGUCUGGCACUGAAAGAUAACUUUGAUAUUGUGUUGAUUGAUUUAGAUGACAUCUUGCAGUCUAAUAAUCCUCGUAACACCAGCCAAUUGCAGUUUCGAUUUGAUAUGAAUGAUGUGAUCGGUCCGAAACGGAUUGAAGAGCUGAACUAUUCAGUUAAAGCGAUUUUGCUUGAAUUUUACUCUGAGCUCCGAGAUAGUGGUUGGGCAGUGAUUUACAUCACUAGGAAUCCUGAGAAGCAGCGAAAUGUCACAGAAGAGAAUCUUCUUUCUGCAGGAUAUGGAGGCUGGACUUCUUUGAUAAUGAGAACCGACGAAGAAAUGAAAAUGGAGACAUGGGAAUAUUUGGCAAGGAGAAGGAAAGAGCUCAACAACCAAGGAUUCCGUAUCAGAAGUGUAAUUAGCAGCAAAAUGGAAGCCUUAGCUGGGCCGUGUUUAGGGACUCGCAAUUUCAAGAUUGUAGACCCUAUCUACGGAUUGAGAGUGCCUCGGAUGAGCUUGGAAUUUGGUACAUAGGAAAGUGAAGCUUUACAAGCUCAGUCUCUUGUGGUACAGUUGUAGUUUGCAGUCUAUAGUUGGCUCAGAGUACAUAGUUUAGCAACUAGUACAUAUUGUAUAUUUGUGUUGAACAAAUCAUAAUACCGAAAUCUUAAAAUCAUUUGCAAUGAAAGAUAUCUGACUAUAGAACA